AUGGACGUUCACCAGGAGCGGGAAGCGGGAAGCGGUAAUUCAUCACAGACAGAUAUCCUCGGACACGACGUCGAUUAUUCAAGAGCGAAAAGAGAGUUCCUAGCAGAGACCUCGGCGGACACUUCAGAGACGGGAAGUCACCCUCGAAAUAAGAGAAAGGUUCAACCUGGGGAUUUCGAACGUAGCAUGCAAGACGGCGUUGCAGCGUGCAGCAAUGUGUUCAAUCCUUCAUCGACCGACAAUAAUGACGCUAUAACGCAUUCAAAUUCCGAUUAG